CUGCGGACAGAGGCUCCAUGUUGGGAAGCGGCGCCGCUCGUCCUCGUUAGCGGGACUCGAUCGGGGCGCCGCGGACAGAGCCGGCGGGGCCCGGGCCCGGAGCGAAGAUGGAGGCCCCGCUGCGGCCUGCCGCGGACAUCCUGAGGCGGAACCCGCAGCAAGACUACGAGCUCGUCCAGAGGGUCGGCAGCGGCACUUACGGAGACGUCUAUAAGGCUAGAAAUAUUCAUACAGGAGAGUUGGCUGCUGUAAAAAUUAUCAAAUUGGAGCCUGGAGAUGAUUUUUCUUUGAUUCAACAAGAAAUAUUUAUGGUUAAAGAAUGUAAACAUUGCAACAUCGUUGCCUACUUUGGGAGCUAUCUCAGUCGAGAAAAACUGUGGAUUUGUAUGGAAUACUGUGGUGGCGGAUCACUUCAAGAUAUCUACCAUGUUACUGGGCCAUUAUCAGAAUUGCAAAUAGCCUAUGUAUGCAGAGAAACUUUACAGGGUCUUGCCUACUUGCAUACUAAAGGCAAAAUGCAUAGAGAUAUCAAAGGUGCAAAUAUUUUAUUGACAGAUCAUGGUGAUGUAAAAUUAGCUGACUUUGGUGUGGCUGCAAAAAUAACAGCUACCAUUGCAAAGAGAAAAUCUUUCAUUGGCACUCCUUACUGGAUGGCCCCAGAAGUUGCAGCAGUAGAAAAGAAUGGUGGCUACAACCAACUCUGUGAUAUCUGGGCAGUAGGAAUAACAGCAAUUGAACUUGGAGAACUUCAACCACCUAUGUUUGAUCUCCAUCCAAUGAGGGCCCUGUUCUUAAUGUCAAAAAGUAAUUUUCAGCCUCCAAAACUAAAGGACAAAACAAAAUGGUCAUCAACAUUCCAUAAUUUUGUCAAAAUAGCACUAACCAAAAACCCCAAAAAAAGACCAACCGCUGAAAGACUUCUGACUCAUACGUUUGUAGGGCAGCCAGGUCUUUCUAGGGCCCUCGCGGUUGAACUGCUGGACAAAGUGAAUAAUCCUGACAACCAUGCACAUUACACUGAAGGAGAUGAUGAUGACUUUGAGCCCCAUGCAAUCAUUCGUCAUACCAUUAGAUCUACAAACAGGAAUGCCAGAGCUGAGCGGACAGCUUCAGAAAUAAAUUUUGACAAAUUACAGUUUGAACCUCCUCUGAGAAAAGAAACAGAAGCACGGGAUGAAAUGGGAGUGUCAUCAGACCCAAACUUUGUAUUACAGUGGAAUCCUUUUGUUGAUGGUGCAAAUACUGGCAAAUCAACCUCAAAACGUGCAAUACCACCUCCCCUACCUCCUAAGCCAAGGAUAAACAGCUACCCUGAAGACAGCCUCCUAGAUGAAGAAAAAUCAGCAACUGUAAAGCAUUGCCCUGAUUCAGAGAACAGAGCUCCCCAGUUUCUCAGAAGACAGAGCAGCCCAAGUUGUGGUCCCGUAGCUGAGACGUCCUCUAUUGGAAAUGGUGAUGGUAUCUCAAAACUAAUUAGUGAAAAUACAGAAGGAUCAGCACAAGCACCCCAGUUACCAAGGAAGAAGGACAAGCGAGAUUUCCCAAAACCAGCCAUCAAUGGCCUUCCACCCACCCCAAAAGUGCUGAUGGGAGCAUGUUUUUCCAAAGUUUUUGAUGGCUGCCCUUUGAAAAUUAAUUGUGCAACAUCCUGGAUACAUCCUGAUACAAAAGAUCAAUACAUUAUUUUUGGAACUGAAGAUGGUAUUUACACAUUGAAUCUCAAUGAGCUACAUGAGGCAACAAUGGAACAGUUAUUUCCACGGAAAUGUACUUGGCUCUAUGUUAUCAAUAAUACUUUAAUGUCAUUAUCAGAAGGAAAAACCUUUCAACUCUACUCUCAUAAUCUUAUAGCUUUGUUUGAGCAAGCCAAAAAACCAGGAUUAGCUGCCCAUAUUCAAACCCAUAGGUUUCCAGACCGCAUACUACCAAGAAAGUUUGCUUUAACAACAAAGAUUCCUGAUACAAAAGGCUGCCACAAAUGUUGCAUAGUCAGAAACCCUUACACAGGACAUAAAUACCUCUGUGGAGCUUUACAGUCUGGAAUUGUUUUACUUCAGUGGUAUGAGCCUAUGCAGAAGUUCAUGUUGAUAAAGCACUUUGAUUUUCCUUUGCCAAGUCCUUUGAAUGUUUUUGAGAUGCUGGUGAUACCAGAACAGGAAUACCCUAUGGUCUGUGUAGCUAUUAGCAAGGGCACCGAGUCAAAUCAGGUCGUUCAGUUUGAGACAAUCAAUUUGAACUCUGCAUCUUCAUGGUUUACAGAAAUUGGCACAGGCAGCCAACAGCUAGAUUCUAUUCAUGUAACACAGUUGGAGAGAGAUACCGUUUUAGUGUGUUUAGAUAAAUUUGUAAAAAUAGUAAAUCUACAGGGAAAACUAAAAUCAAGUAAGAAACUGGCCUCUGAGCUAAGUUUUGAUUUUCGCAUUGAAUCUGUAGUAUGCCUUCAAGACAGUGUGCUGGCUUUCUGGAAACAUGGAAUGCAGGGUAAAAGCUUCAAAUCAGAUGAGGUUACCCAGGAAAUUUCAGAUGAAACAAGAGUUUUCCGCUUAUUGGGAUCAGACAGGGUUGUCGUUUUGGAAAGUAGGCCGACAGAAAACCCUACUGCACACAGCAAUCUGUACAUCUUGGCUGGACAUGAGAAUAGUUACUAAACAACAACAACUGAUCUCAAAUGGCAGGAAAAUGAGUGUACUCCACUGAAAGCAAAAAUAUCUGAAGUUCAGUACAAACUACACUAUGCUUUACUUUAACUGCUAAUGGGUUAUAUCUCAAGUGAUCUAUACUUUAAGCUAGAAUUCAAUAUUUCUGUAGCUGGAAACAGCUGUUCUAUCUCUUGCCACUGUGUGGUGGUUAUAUCAAGUUUGCUUAAUAAAAGCUAUGAGACAAAUAGUCCUCGAGUUCCAGGAAACACAGUCUUUUAAAAAAAAAAAAGUUUGUAACAAGGGUGCCAUGAUAUUUUUAGAUAACAACUCAUGUGAUUAUCUUCAGAAAGAUAAAUUUAGUGACAGUUUUCUUUUUUUAUACCAUGUUUUAUUCCUUCUUAUUGAACAUAAUUUGAUAAAGAAAUUAUCAAAGAAGCCUUUCACUUUUACAUUGGCCAUUCUGUAUGUUUUUGUAAAAUAGAAUAUUUAAUCUUUAUUUAUUAAUCUCUUGCUGGAGUGGUGUAAUGUAUGUAACUUUUAGCAGAGGAGGGUUUCAGAGCAGCUUAAAUUUUUUAUAAUGUAUAAAAAUUUUGUUUACCUUUUAAGAGUAGUACUUUGAGGGGUUAAAGGCAGAGUGUCUGGGUUCAGUACAUACAUGCAGUUUUACUUAAUACAAGUAUUUUAUAAUACAGUAUCAUCCAGAAUCGCCUUAAAAGGGAGUUUUGUGUUUUCAAUUAUAAAUGAUCGCAGGGGGUCAUACGGAAGAUAUUGAUAAUGGCUGACCUAUUGAUGAAGGGGUGUAGAUGUCUGAUGUGACUACCAUGUGUAUGUAUUCUCGACAAGCAGUAUAAUAUACCUGUGAUUUUUUUUACAUUAGGGAUAAUGCAUAAUAAAUUAAUAUCCAUAUAUGUUAUCAUCUGGAAUGUAGGGGGGGAUGUAUUUAACUGCCCGUGAUACGCAUUUUACUUAUACUGUACCACAGGGGAAACUGUAAAGCAGUUACAUGUGUAAUCUUGGGUUUUUCACAUAUGUAGGUAUUCAUUUUGAGUAGGUUUAAGAAAAAGAAAUCUUUAAAUGAAAUCGAAUUCCUGAUGAGAUAGUAUAAAGAAGUAUUAUGAAAACCAGUAUUCUAAAAAUAAGAAAGGAUCGGUCCAUUUUCGAGUUUGCUUCUCUUUUGCUAUUGUUAGUACUCAGAAUUAAAGUGUCACAUUGGUACCUGGUGUUCCAAUCCAUUUACUGAGAACACUUAGCAUUGAGAUCAUGAACAAGGGGCUAGCAAUAGCAAACUGUAGAUUACUUCCAGCAGUUACUUGAGAAGAAAACAGUAGAACGAUCUCAUUCAGUCUUUAGCAGUUCUGUAAAAUAAGUAGUAGUAUCAUCUCCAUUUUCCAGAUGAGGAAAUGAGGGUUUAGCCAAGUUAAGAGACAUACCCAGUUCACACAGCAAGUUGGUGGGUGAGCCAGACCGUGAGUCUUGUGACUCUGUUCUUUUCACUAUGCAAUAUGCAAACCAUAAAAUGUUAUGCAAAUAAAAUGUAAAUUUUCUUUUUAAAUGCACAUAUGAUA